AAUCCAAUACGAAUCGGGGUAUCUGCUCUCGAGUCUCGACUCUCGAUCUGUCUCGUCGUGGGCCAUGUCUUGUGCAACUUUGAAGGAACUCGGAAUCGAUCAACGAGUUUCAAUUCCCAUCCUUAGUCCUGCAGUACUAGUACUGUACUCAAAUGCCAUAGCGAAUAAGUUGUUUUCGAUGGUUACGAUUGGCUGAAGGAAGAUUUCGCAAACAACUGCUUCAAUCCAUGUUUUCAACAGUUUUACAUAAUAUUAUGAUAAUAAUUACUGUUUUUUUUCAUACCUGUAUUUCGGAAAAAUGGACAGUCAUGAGUUUCGUAUUCCAGAUAUGGGAAAUGCUGUGGAAAUGUUGGAUGUUCUUCACAAAUUGAGCGGCAUCUUAGUAGAAACUGGAUACAAAGAUGAUACCGUUGAUGAAUUUUGGCUGAAGUCGGUCAAGCGUCUGCUCGAUCACGCUGAUACCAGAUCAACGGUACUUGAUAUCUUCAAUCGGUUCCCGUUUAUCACGCUCCGGAAGACUUUGUUGAACACACAUAAUCAGCUGUUUAUUGAAACGGGUGUGGCACGGUGUUGGUUGCAUACGGAGCCGAUACCGAAAGAUGGAAACCAUACAUGGAUGUUGUCCGAAAACAGCAUGGAUUGCAAACUGAUUCCGGGUGGAUUUGUGCUGUUGCCGCAUUGUGUUAAAGUCGAAGUUGUUGUGAAUGUACAGCGGAAUGUUCUUCCAAAUUCCAGGAAGGAAACUGUGAUUCAGAUGCAUGCCGACUUCAGCCGCAACGAAAGUGCUGAUUCUGAUCACGGGAUGACUUUGCCAGGAAUUGUAUAUUUAUGGCUUCCUGACGCUUCCUCGUUUCUUGACAGUAUUAUUGCCAAUAUAACCUUCACUGAUUUUGGCGAAAUGCUUCCCUUGCAGUGGAAGCAUGUGCUGAAAACGCCUACAAGAGGAAGCGCAGCGCACAACAUAUCCUGCUUACAGCGCAGCGACCUGGGUUCGGUGUGGUCGUCGGAUUUGUGUAACACUUCCGUUUUUCUCAGAGAAAACAUGGAUCUCAUUUCGCACGUGCAGUGCCUUUGCAGUCUUUCCAAAACCAGUCAUUUUUUUACUCUGAAACUGACCAAUUACUCUUCCUAGCAGUCCGAUCUGCUGACGGUCCCGUCCGGUACUGAUUCAGGAAUCAUUGUCGCUGUAAUUGUGGAGCAUCGCUGUUGUUGUGGCUGUUAUCGUAGUUGUUGUUUGGUGUUUUCAAAAAAACAAGAUUUUGUCCUGUAUGACGGCAGUGAAGAAGCGUACAUCCGACUUCGUGCGAGUUCAUUUCGGUCUGCCGGAAGUUCCCAGUUCGGAGCAUCAGCUGGAGAUGUCCAUGUUGCCCGAAAACCGUACAUCUUCGCAGGCAGCAGCGCAUCCGGGUGAAACCGCAGCUUUGAUGAAUGAUGUUGAGCGUCGUCCAGUUGAAGGACAUGAAGUGUAAAAGCCGCUUUUUUCCUUUUUCGUUCUACGUUAUGCUUUGGUUUCAGUCCUUUCAAUCGUUUUAACAUUUACGGGAGUUACUUCGGACUGAUCUGCCGAAUGUGGGGUGGGUGUUUUAUUUUGUAUCUUGUUACCUGUUUUUUCCUUUUACUCUGUUGUUAUUGUUGUUUGUUGCGCAAGUCUUAAUGGAUCUUUGGGACUGAUCAGUGCGCUGACUGCAGUUUUAUACCGUAAUGAAAUAUCCUUUUCUUGA